UCCAGUGAGUUCCAAGAAAACAACUCACCAGCAGAGAGUGAAUUCCCAAGUGGACCCAGCAGCUCUUCCUUCCAGGUCCAGGAGUUGUAAAUAGCAGCUGACCCACAGUCCUCUCCUGGCCAGAUUCACUGAUUUAUUAGUUUGAACCCAGUGGAUAUUUUGGUCCAUAUUCUUGAAGUUCCUGAUUUGUCUCAACUGCUUUGCAGGAGAGAUUGAAGCCGAGACAUGGCCUCCACCUUUAAACCCCGGGAAUGUAAGCUGUCUAAACAAGAAGGGCAAAGCUAUGGCUUCUUCCUGCGAAUUGAGAAGGACACUGAUGGCCACCUGGUCCGGGUGGUUGAGAAGGGCAGCCCAGCAGAGAGGGCUGGCCUCCAGGAUGGAGACAGAGUUCUUAGGAUCAAUGGUGUCUUUGUGGACAAGGAAGAACAUAUGCAGGUUGUGGAUCUGAUCAGAAAGAGUGGGAAUUCAGUGACAUUACUAGUUCUGGAUGGAGAUUCCUAUGAGAAAGCCAUGGAAAAAAAGGUGGACUUGAGAGAGUUGGGUCAAAGUCAGAUGGAGCCAUGUGUGAAUGGUAAGAAACUGUCUCCUAUGAUGAAUGGAGGAGCACAGACUUGGACCCAGCCACGGCUCUGCUACCUGGUGAAGGAAGGGAGCACCUAUGGCUUUUCUCUGAAAACUGUCCAAGGUAAAAAGGGAGUGUACAUGACUGACAUAACACCUCAAGGUGUGGCUAUGAAAGCUGGUGUCCUGGCUGAUGAUCACUUGAUUGAAGUGAAUGGAGAGAAUGUAGAAGAUGCCACUCAUGAGGAAGUGGUUGAAAAGGUGAGGAAGUCAGGAAGCCGUGUCAUGUUCCUGCUGGUGGACAAGGAAACUGACAAGUACCAUAGUGAGCAGAAUAUAAAAUUCAAGAGAGAAACAGCCAGUUUGAAAUUACUACCACACCAGCCCCGGGUUGUUAAGAUGAAGAAGGGAAGCAAUGGCUAUGGUUUCUAUCUGAGGGCAGGUCCAGAACAAAAAGGUCAAAUCAUCAAAGACAUAGAUUCCGGAAGUCCAGCAGAGGAGGCUGGCUUGAAGACCAACGACCUGGUACUGGCUGUCAAUGGCGAGUCUGUGGAAUCCCUCAGUCAUGACAGUGUGGUGGAAAUGAUCAGAAAGGGUGGAGAUCAGACUUCACUGUUGGUCGUAGACAAAGAGACAGACAGCAUAUACAGACUGGGUAAUUUUUCUCCAUUUCUCUACUAUCAAAGUCAAGAACUGCCUAAUGGUUCUGUCAAGGAAGCUCCAGUUCCUACUUCUGCUCCUCCAGAGAUCUCAAGUCCAGAUACUCCAGAGGAAGUAGAUCAUAAGCCUAAACUGUGCAGGCUGGUUAGAGGUGAAAAUGGCUAUGGCUUCCACUUAAAUGCAAUUCGUGGUCAGCCAGGCCCAUUCAUCAAAGAGGUACAGAAAGGCAGCCCUGCCAACCUGGCUGGGCUAGAGGAUGAAGAUAUCAUCAUUGAAGUGAAUGGGGAAAGUGUGGUGGAUGAAGUCUAUGAGAACGUGGUGGACAGAAUCCAGAGCAGUGGGAAGAAUGUCACACUCUUAGUCUGUGGAAAGAAGGCAUAUGAUUAUUUCCAGGCUAAGAAAAUCCCUAUUGUUUCCUCCAUGGCUGAUCCUUUAGAUGUACCCUUUGAUUCCAAAGAAGGAACAUUGGGGGAGUCAGACUACAACUCACACAUGGCGAAAGAACGAACCCACAGUACAGCCUCUCAUUCUUCUUCCAAUUCUGAAGAUACAGAAAUGUGAUGACUACAAAUAAUGGCUUUGGCACAUAGUUGUUUCUGGGUAUUUAACAAGAAGCCUUUUCUAAGAAAUGAGCUGCUACCCAUUUGCUGUCUCUGUUAAAGAACUCCUCUGGAAACCACUUCAUCAUGUGUAAUUGUUUUCUGUUAUCAUUUAUCUCAGGGGUAGCUAUUGCAGAUGGCUUAUUUAUAGUUAAUUUAGGAAAAGUUAAGGCGGGGGUGAGAUUCUGUUCAUGUAAUCUCUUUCAAGUUUCAAAACUCAACUAUACAGGGUCUGGCACAAAUAGUGCCUCUUUUUAUUACACAAUCAUAAGCAUGUAAUUCUGUAACAUAACAGUAUCACACUCAAGCAUACCAUAUGACAUUUUAGGUAAAAUUUUUGAAUUAAAACUAUAAAUUAUUACAUCCAUAUUAUUACACUACUGACCACACUGAAGCAGGCAUUACUUCUGCUGGACCCUGUAUUUCUCUGUAUGGUGAUAUCUCUUCUAUUUGGGGCUCCUUGAGCACCAAAGAUGAUUUAUAAAUCUGUAUAUGUGACAGCUGUCAAUUAAAGUAUCUGAGCAUAUAAGCCUAUUAAAAUUAUGCUUUUUAAAGAAUGCUGUGUUUACCGAAAUAAAUACCAUUAAAAAGUU